CGAGAAAUGAAAAGUGAAUACUCUUAUCCUAGAAUGAAGAAUCGAAUCGUGGAAUUUGUGGUAAGGUGUCUAGAAUGUUACUGUGUGACGGAAAAAUAGACUCCCUGGCAAUCAAAGUUUAUUCAAGAUCCAAGUAAAAAAGUAGCGUUGUUAUAAAUACUCCUAAGGCCAUAUUCAUGUGAUCUGCAGGCAGCAAGAAAACUAGCAUCUUGAUGAUAAUGUUAAGGGUGUCCUCAAGAUAGCCAACACGAGAAAGUAGGUCAAGCAUGCACACGUAAUGAUCAGUUGUAUGUGUAAUGCAGUAAAGGUUACUCGUGAUUGAAGUUAAGCCCGCCCAACGGACCAAGACAUCCUCCAAAAAAUUCUAGUCUUGUAAAGAUGUAACUCUACUGUUAUAAAGCCAGUACCACCCACAUAGCACAAGCGGAUAAGAAGUGAAUCCACAGAUGGACUCCCAGCGGAAACAUGUAGAGGUAGUGAUGCUACCAUGGCUGGCACAGGGCCAUAUUACUCCUUUCUUCAAUCUCUCAAAGACCCUAGCAAAGCACGAGGCUAUCAAGGUCUCCAUACUGUCAACUCCUGUGAAUAUAUCCCGUAUCAAAGAACGCUUACAGCCUGGGGACUCGAUCGAGCUGUUGGAGAUACCAUUGCCCUCUGUCGACGGCCUGCCUGCAGGCGACGAAUGCACAGCGGACAUUGAACCAGAAAUCGCACAUCUCCUCCACGAGGCAUUCGACAAAUUAGCAGGGCCCUUGGAGACCCUGUUGCGCAGCCUUUCCCCAGAUUUUCUGAUCCACGACCUCCUGGCCGUGUGGGCUGCGCCCAUUGCCGCUGAGCUGGGAAUUCACACCCUCGCCUUCUCUGUCUACAGUCCUGCGGCAUUUAGCUACGUGCUCAGCCAUUCAAAGCACAGGCCCGUCAAUGGAGUGGAUAAAACGCCCGAGGAUUUGAGUCGCCCGGCUCCUGGCUAUCCUUCCGCGGCUAUUUCAAUGCAUCCGUUCGAAGCCCGCCAGAUGGUGAGAUUGUUCAUGGCCAGCCAUCAAGGUCCUACUGUGUCGGAGCUGGGAUACCAGUACUCGUGGGGAAUACUCAUAAAGUCGUGUUUUGAAGAGGAGGACAAGUAUCUGCAAUAUCUAAGUCAUAUCACGGGAAAGCCUGUGAUUUCCGUGGGUCCAUUAAUGCUGCUUGAGGGCCGGGUGGGCGUGGAGGAUGAGGAUGGAGAUCAUGAACUGGUAAAGUGGCUGGACAAACAAGAGGCCUCGUCGGUGGUGUUUGUGGCCUUCGGAAGUGAGUCCUUUCUGUCGGCAGAGCAAAUUACGGAGCUGGCGUUUGCACUGGAGGACACUGGCCGGCCCUUUCUCUGGUCAUUGAGAUCUUCGGAGGGGACUCGGACUCCAUUGUCGUUUCUGCCGGAGGGUUUUGAAGGGCGGACCCGUGAACGAGGGAUGGUGAUUGGCGGGUGGGUGCCUCAGCAGCGCAUCGUUUCUCAUUCUUCCGUGGGGAGCUAUGUUACCCACGGCGGGUGGAGCUCGGUGAUGGAAGCAUGGCUUUACUCCGGGUUACCCCUGGUUCUUAUUCCGCUGCGGAACGAUCAGGGACUUAACUGUCGACAUAUAGCUCGGGAAUUGAACGCCGGAGUUGAAGUGGAAAGGACCGAGGAGGGGCUUUUUCGCAGAGAGGAUGUUUGUCAAGCGGUGAAUACGGUGAUGGGUGAUGAUAAGAGAGGUGCAGAGAUUCGGUCGAGGGUGGAAGCGCUCCGUGGUGUGAUCGUCUUUAAUGGAGGACGUCGGCAUGCAGUUAUCCGGGAGCUGGUGGAUCACAUGAAGAGCAUGGCUGUGUCGGAUAAGGCUCAGUAGGUUUAUGUUUGGAGUACAGUUAAUUAGCUUUAUAUGUAUUCUUGAUUUGGAAUUAUUCCAUAUGCCUGCCAGACCUUGCCUGUUUGGAAUGAUUUAUUAUCUGGGACUGUUUUAAAAUCUUCAUAGCGUAAGCGAUGGACAAUGUAAUACGCUAUGCUAGCAUAGAAGAGUAUAUAACUGGUAGGAGAAGCCUUUAGGCGAAGGUUGUUGAAUAUAUGAAUACUUAUGGAUGUGAAUGUUCUCACUGGGUGAACAAAAAUGAAGGAGUCUUUAAAAACGAUAAA